AUGUCUCAGUAUAACUAUGUGGUGACAGCCUAUGAAUCGGGGUCUUUUAAAGGGAUAUUGAAGGUGGAUUUAUUUGGGGAUGGUAUUAACAGAAUAUUAGCAGUAAGAACAAAAAGCAUCGACAUAUAUGAAGUUAAUAGGGAUGCAAUUUUGAUUGAUGAUAAACUUUUAGAGGACGAAAUUUUAGAUAUGCCUGUCUUGAAUAAAGUUGGAACAGUAGAAGUAUAUAAGGAUAUAAUAGAAGUUGAUAGGUGGCGUCCAAAGAACCAAGAUUUUGAUGACGUAUUAAUUUUUACCAGGGAGUAUGAGCUAAUUUUAAUAAGAGCAUAUUUAUUGGAUUCUGGUUCUGAUAAAAUUUUGUAUUUAAGUAUACUAGAUCAAGUUUCCUUAUAUAAAGAGAAUUUAAGAAAGUCCCAGUUAAUCAAAAUGCUGGUUCAUUCUGAAAAAAACAGAAUAGUAAUUCUAGCCUAUGAAGGGUGUUUACAGGUUGUGGGGUGCGAAAUUUCAAAUAAAGACCAAGAAAAUAAGACUAUUUUCACAUCCCCUUUAAUUCUCAGACUUUCGGAACUAACGGUAACUGACAUUUGCCUCGUGAAUACCACCAAUGAGAGGAGUCUCCUGGGAAUCUUAUAUGAUUCCGGAUACUCAAAUGAUCCUAGAUUAAUGAAAAUGAUUGAGUUACCAAUGGAUCUACGUAAAUGGUCUUAUAACACAAAUUUGGGGCAUGUAAUGCAGCAAAAUGUCUUCAAAAUAGUACCGUUACUAUAUAGGUCUAAAAGACAGAAAACAGUUAAAGGUUUAUUUUUAUUUGGAGAUGGAAUAGUAGAGUAUCGAUCAAUUGAGGAGAUUAUGCCAAAUAAGACUAAAAGUUCAGAGGCCAUUUCAAGUUCGCAAGCAGUGAUAAUGGCUCGCUUUAAUUCAGCAGCAUUCAGUGGAAUGGACAUUGGACUAUCUCCUUUAUCAAUAACUGAUGUUUUGAAUUUGGGUGAUGGUUCUAGAUGGUUGGUUUUGGACAAUUUGGGUCGCCUUUUCAUAAUGCUUGUGGAAUAUGACCAAAAUGAUAUUGACAAAGUAGUUGAUAUUAGAUUGAGUAUGAUCAAUCGCUACUCUCCAUUCUCUAGAAUCAUAGAUCUAGGGGAUGAUUUGUUCUUUCUAGCCUCAAAGCUUUCAGAUUCCUUAUUAUUAUAUUCCAAAAAUAACAAAAUUUACAUACUAUCGAGCUUGCCAAAUAUUGGUCCAAUAAGAGAUCUCCUUUUCUCAGAUAUUAAUAGAAAAAGUGAAGUAAAACAAGAGGCUAACCCUAAUCUAAUAUCUAAAAGGGACCCCUUACCACUCAUUGCAGCUUGCGGAUUUGGAUCAGGAGGAGCUCUGAAGUCUAUUUGCAAUGGAAUUGGUCUCCAAAACCUGUAUGUAAGCAACGAAUCAUUUGUGGGACAAAUCACAGGGAUAUUCUCGCUUGCUAGUAAUUUUGAUAAAGUUGUCGUAACAGGAAUUGGUGAUUCUUCUUGUUUUAAAAUAACAUGGAAUUAUGAAAAGGACUUUGAUGAUGGUGCCAGAAUGGACCAUGUUAACAGUUUUAAUAAAGAAAAUCCUAGCCAGGAAAAAGGAAGGAAUUCAAAUACAGUAUCUCCAAAAAAAUGCUUUAUUAGCUUCGAAAAGUGUGAAUUACAAGGGCUUCAGAAAGAUGAAGAAACAAUCAGAGUUUGUGUUUUUAGAGAUAGUUACUCUUAUCAAGUGACUCCUUCAGGUUUGUUUCCUAUAGGAGAAGUCAAUUAUCAUCGUAAAAACUGGUUACUUAAAGACAAUCUUCCUCCAAUUCAGGAUUCUAGUUUGGAAUAUAUUGAAAAGUUUGAGUUUUGUGAGAAAUCUCAAGUUGCCAUAAUUUGUACCUGUACUGGGUUGCUAUUAUUAUACAAGUUUGACGAUGAAAGUAUUCUCAGUUUGAUUUGCUUUAAAACUAAGACUGAACUGUUUGAAUUAAUUUCUGAGAACUUGGGAUUCAACUGUUUAUCUGAAGAAAGUAAAGAUUUGAGCAAUGAAAAGGAUAUACUUAAUAAUUCCAUCUCAAGAACUAUGGAUGAAAUUUGUAUUAUGGGGCUCUUUUCCAUAGAUAACUACAUACUCUUAUUUUUAGGAACAUGGAUGAAUGGAAGUAAAUUAAGUUGUUUAUACUACGAGAGACAAGAAUCUGGAACCAUUUCAAAUGCUGAACUCCUUCUGAAUAUAGAAACUGAGUUUCGAGAAUAUGAGACAAUGGUUACCUCAUUAAAGGUCUUUGAGCUAGAGAGGAUGGUUGAAACUCAGAGCCAAAGAUGCACAGAAGAAGACUUUAUUGGACUGAUAAUUGGUACAAAUAAUGGAUACUUACAAUUACAAUAUAUUCCAAAAGAUGAAAUAAGGAAUUUAAUAAAAAGGAAACAUAAAAACAACCAACUAAAAGAUAUAGAAGACCUCUAUGAAUUUAAACAUUAUAAUACUUGGAAAGUAUCUAAUAGCUUUAUAUCAGAAAUCCAUGAAUUGGCAAUUUCAGAAAGCUUGAAUAGACACUUUUUUAUUUGCUGUGACCAACCCAAAGUCUUGUUUUGGAGUUAUAAUUCCGGUAAAGGUAAACAUGGUCUCGGUGUAUGGAGCUUUUUUAAUAUACAUUCUUCAUGGAUUCCUUUUGCAUGCCAAAUAAGACUGCCCACAAACCCUACAACAAAACAAGAAUUAACAAAAAAUAAGUGUUUGGAAAAGACAUAUAUUUUGUAUGUAAGUCACGAGGAAAAAGAUGCUAACGAGAUUCACAUAGAUGAAUUAGCAAAUCAAGAUACUGAGAAAUCUGGUGGAAUUCAAAUUUUUAAAAAAACCAGCCAACAACGUUUACUCAAGAUUGGUCUUAUAGAUACUCUUCAGAGAUAUAAUUGUAGAAGUAUCCCUUUGGAAUUUACUCCAGAAAAGGUUUGCUUUGUUGAAGAUCUUAAUAUAUAUGUGGUAGUGGGGGUCAAGGAAAGGUUUAAAGGUAGAUCUACAAUACUUAAACCCAUUAAUGAUUCCAAUAUACUUGAUAACAGAGAAAAAAGAGAAAACAAAGAAAGUGAAUUAACAUUUAUAGAAUCUGUAAUUUGCCUUAUAUCAACACAAGAUAUGAAGAUUCACUAUUAUAAGACUUUAGAAGCAAACGUAUACCCUACAUGUUUAGAAUAUGUGACUUUACGUGCUUCAAAUGAUGAAAAUGAAAUUAGAUCUUUCUUGGCAAUUGGAACCAGUAGAAUAGAAACCAAAAUGAAUCCAAGUUCGAACUCAAAUUUAGGAACAGAGAAUUAUGGCAAGAUUACACUUUAUACGAUUAUCAAUAGAAAGCACUCCUAUAAUCUGAUUGAGUCUGCUGUAUAUGAGACAGAAGUUGCUCCAUUUGUAAUAAAAGAGUUCAAAAUGUCUCAAUUGCUCAUUUCCAUAGAGAAUUCUCUGAUAUGCUUAGAACUUCAUGUAUCCAAAAAUUUGACGGAGUCUUCUAGUUCAAGUUCUUCAAGCUCAUCAGACAUUUGGAUGGACACAGAAACGGAUCUUGAACUGGGAAAUGUCGAACUUAGGAGGAAAGAAACUUAUUGCACUCAUACAAUGAUAGUGUUUAUUAAAGUUUGGAAGGAGGAAUACAUCCUUGUUGGAGAUUUAAUGAGAUCAGUCGGACUUUGGGAAUUUGACAGAUAUACAGGUAAAUUUCAUGAAGUUUGUAGAGAUAACUCUUUAGCUUGGGUAGUUGAAGGUUUAUUUCUUUCAAAGGAUAUGUAUUUAAUUUCUGACGAGAAUCGAAAUUUGAGAGUCCUUAUGCGAAGUCCAAACCCAGAAAAUGAUGAAACCAAUACUAGUUUGUCCUGUAUUGCUCAUCUUCAUGUUGGGGAAUCAGUCACUACCUUCCAAAGGGGGAAAUUUAAUCAGGCAUAUCCUGAUACUAGAAAAAGCACUGGAGGGCAAGAUUUUAUGGAAGAAAGCCUUGGAAAAUUAAUGUUUGACGAACAAAUAGCAUUUGGGACCUCUCAAGGAGGUAUUUAUCUUUUGUUCAGUAUUAAAGAUGAUCCAAGAAUUUUUUCUCAAUUAGUAUUGAUUGAAGAAGCAAUAAUUAGUGCUUUAAAAAAUAGUAAUUUGAGAAUAGAAUUAAAAAAUAAGGUCUACAAAUUAAAAGAUUCAGACUUGAGGAAGCUAUUUAUUAGAAACUCAAAUUCUUCUUUAUUCUCUGGAAUAAUAGGAGUUCUUGGUGGGGAAAAAUACUUACCAUUAAGAUGGGAGUUAAAUAGUACAAAAGAAAGUUAUAACUUUGAAUAUGAUUGUUCAGGAACUCCCAGAGGAUUUGUGUGUGGUGACACUGUAGAGUUAUUCCUUGAUUUUCCCUUGGAUCUACAAAAGUCUGUUUUAAAAGAAUUGCAUUCAUUCAAAUCUGCAAGAAAACUGAAAUUACCAGAUGAUGUAAACCAACUAGAAACUCUAAUUGAGCAACUUAAAAAUAUGCAUUAA